UGUCGUGUCCGGGGCUGUCCCUUUUAUUUGAAUAUACAGUAGUUCAGCGGGUUGCGAGUCGGAUUUCUUCGGGCGUCUGGACUAUCGCAGCCGGGACGCGGUGGUCCUGUUCGUCGGUAGUGCUCGUCGUCCGGGCCUCCGUUCGACAUUUGAAUGGUAUCGUUCGGCUAGGAAGGCGUCUUCUCCCCGCCGCAUGCACACACACACACACAGAAGAGACUGCGCCGCUCGCAACCGACAAUAUGGACUUGCACAUACUGGACCACAGGCUACGGGUCACCAGCAUAUCCAAGAAUGGGCUGGUGAAUUUCACACACCCCCUGAUUAAACUGAUAUUUCUCCGGAACAGGACACGAUGUAAGUUUUUCAGUCUGACGGAGACACCAGAGAACUACACGGUUGUCCUUGAUGAGGAAGGAUUCAAAGAGCUCCAGCCCUCAGAGCACCUCCAGGUAGAAAGCUCCAUCUGGCUGCCGCUCAAUGUGGUCUCCAACGGCAACGCCUCCAGCAGCUCACAGGCUGUUGGCGUGACCAAGAUCGCCAAGUCGGUCAUAGCCCCUCUGGCCCAGCAGCACGUCUCGGUCUUCAUGCUCUCCACUUAUCAGACCGACUUUAUCCUGGUGAGAGAGAAAGACCUGUCUGUAGUCAUCGGCACUCUGGAGGAGGAGUUCAACAUCUACAAGGAGCUGGGGGGAGAGUCCGUCCCUGUGCAUUGCCAGGGUGUUUCCAGUCGCCUCCAGAAGAACGGCAAAGAAGCCAUCAUACCUACAGUUCACCCAGUGCUGAUCCCCCAGAACCAGUUCUGCGUCAUGUCUCUGGACCCGGACACGCUGCCAUCCAUCGCCACCACGCUCAUCGACGUGCUCUUCUAUUCCAGCAGUCCUAAGGAGGGCACACAACCAUCUCCCAGCCAGGACUGUAUCAAGUUCUUCUCCUUCUCCCUCAUCGACGGCUACAUCUCACUGGUGAUGGACACUGAGGCUCAGAGACAGUUUCCUGCUGACCUUCUCUUCACCAGCUCCUCCGGGGAGCUGUGGAGAAUGGUGCGCAUAGGGGGACAGCCGCUGGGCUUUGAUGAAUGCGGCAUAGUCGCCCAGAUAUCUCAGCCUCUAGCCGACAGCGACAUCUCUGCCUAUUACAUAAGCACCUUCAGUUUCGACCACGCUCUGGUGAGACCAGCACCUCUUACGUCAUUAGUUAGGCCACCACCGCUGUGUUCAUGGAGGCGAAAGACUGGAAACUCGAUGCAUUUGUGGAUUAAAAAAAUGUAUUAGACUUAGCUCAGGUAUUUAAAGACUUAAGGUUGGGCUCUGUUUCUUAAUGUGGGAGAUGGAGACAGAUAAAGAACAAGCAUAUGUCACUAGAGACACAAGCAGAAUUCCUGUAAGGUUUAGUCAGCAGCUCUGCUUAAGGCAGGUGAUUCCAAAUCACUUUGAGGGUGUUUUACUGACGUUACCUUGUCUAUAAAUUAAAAAAAAAAAAAAAACAAAAAUUGUAAUCCAAUUAAAAACCAAUAAAAUGAUUUCAUCCUGAUAUCAUUACCCGACCAAAAGCAUUACAAGUUCAAACAAGUAUCAAACAAUUUCACAAGUAUCUCAUUAUGACUGUCUGCCUAAAACAUGCCUCUUUGGAGUUUUGAAUUUGGAAAGCAAUAAAUUACUCCUUGUUCAAAUAACAUGUAAACUGUGUCGUAUCCCAUGAUACAUUUCAUUUUUAAUAUUACCUGUGCAGUAUAAUUUUGGUCAUUUUUAUGUUUAUGUAGAAAUUAUAGAAGAAAUUUGAUGAACUAUUAAGGUAAAGUAAAAACUUCAUCAAUGAAGGAUCCCUCUCAAAAUUACUUUAUAUAUUAUUCGGUAAGGGUAAGAGUUUUUAUUACGUAGCCUAAUAUAACUAUAACUUUCAGUAAGAAGCCAUAAAACUCUAAGCCGUGGUAUAACAAUGUAAAAGUGUGGUGUAUGCAAAUUUACGUAGAAACUACAUAAAUGAUGCUGAGACCCCACAGUUGCUCGAUGGAUUUUGCGUUUGUGUUGCACAAAUUCUGUGUCUUGUCUGUCGAACUUAGUCAGCAACUCUUGCUACCUCCAUUAUCUUGAAAAAUUACCGCGAAGAGUUUAUCUGGGUCAUAUGUUUUGCCAUUACGCAGAAGCUUAUCGCAGAAUGUCACCGAGUGAAUCAGAAAUUUCAGAGUAUUUGAAUGCCCCGCCAGCCGGAGUCGGUUUUUUAAUCAGGUUAGUCACCGUAUGCUGACCAAGGGUGAGCAAAAAGAAGAAAGAACAGAGGUGAAAGUCAUCAAGAUGCUGAAUCGCUGGGUAUUCCACAUGCAUUCAACUGCUGUUACCCACCUACUUUUUUUUAAGGCCGCUGUUAAAGUGUCGUGGCAACGAGGGUGGAAGUCACUAUCGUAACUGUAUUGUGCCCUGCAGCACGUCUUUUCCGUUUGACAUAACCGUGAAGUGUCUCAAUCACAGAAAGUCACUUUGUCAGCGUCAUGGAAUGGAGAAUCACCAUAACCUCGUAAAAGUUAGUGGGAUUAGUUUAGAUCAGAGUGGCCUACUAAUAGCAAAUUCCGUUGUAAAAAAAAUGAACCAGCUGAGACGUCACAGUUACUUCUGCUUGUGCGCUUCUGAGAAUCCACGCUGCUUGGUAAAAGCACACUGGGGACAUUAUCUCGGCUACGCAAUUGCUUUAGCUAUUGGUCGAAUAGUUACAAUACAAUAAAUCUUUUUGUCAGUAGCAAUAGUUCGGAACUAUUUUAUGCCACUGGACGUAUAUACUUUGGGGUAUUCCUUUUUAUUCUUUUUUUUUUAAGUGUAAUCUGCAAUUUUGUUAGAAAAAUCAGUGCAGAUUUGUAAAGAGGAAGAAGGGAAAGGAUGGAAGUCAUUCAGAGGCCUCUGGACAGACUGGUUGCAACGGAAAUAGUUUUAGACAUUUCCAAACAUGAAAGAGAACAAAGUGACGUCACUAGAGUAGGUUAAAGAGAAUGUGCAUAUGGGAUGAUGGGAGGUCACCGUCUGGGUCAUAUUUCAGUGACUCAUUUUGUCUUCAAUAAAAAGUCUAACGGAAAUUCCUGUUGACACCAGGGAAUUUCAUGGCAACUGCUGAAUGUGGGAAGUUUCGUUCCAUCUAUGCAAAUUGUUGUGCGUGUUUUGUAGAAUGUUUGUUUGAUUUACAGUGCACAUUCAGCUCCAGCAAAAGACCACUUUUCCGGUCCUUAGGCUUCACAGUUUCACACCAAAGAUUAGACCAACAUAUUUAGCAACUAGCCGGUCAACGUAGUGGAGGCCAACACAGAAGCUAAAAGAAGAGCGAAUAUUGGACUCCGGUUAUUCAGACGGCCAGAAAUUCCCGAUGAAAGCUAAUGGUUCCAUGUGUGUAAAUAAGCAACUGAAUCUACAGCUUGUUCUGCACGGAGAAAUCAACUAAUACGGUCUUCACUUUUCUU